AUGGUAGCUCUUCAGUCUGUUUUUUUGAGUGGAGACUUAAGUGAUGUGUCUGGAGCCAUUGCCAAAGUGAAGGAAUUAUUCGAAGGGCAUAAUAAAUUGAUUUCUGGGUUUAACAUCUUCUUGCCAAAGGGGUCUGAAUUAGCCCUUGAGCAUGAUGAGGCUGCUCCACAAACUAAGAAGAUUGAUUUUGAAGAAGCUAUCAACGUUGUGACCAAAAUAAAGAAACACUAUCAUCAAAACGAUAGACAUUAUAAAGCAUUCGUAGACAUUUUAAAAAUGUACAGGAAGGAGCACAAGGACAAAACCAAGGUCUACAAUGAGGUAAUAACUAUGGUAGAUAUGUUAUGGCUCUGUUUGUUCAAUGCUCUUGUUUUAUUGGAAAGUUUGUUAUUCAAAAAUGGGAAAUCCCAAGUCCCAGCAAGUGGAGGCAGAGGAGGUAGUGAUCUUGGUUGUACCGCCGGGAAAUUAACAACAAAUGAUUCCUCAAGCUAUCUCAAGGAAGUGAAGGAAACAUUUCAAGAUCAAAGAGAGAAAUAUGACAUGUUCCUUGAGGUCUUAAAAGAUUUGAAGGCUCAAAGAACUGAUACUGUUGGUGCUAGUGCCAGAGUGAAGGAAUUAUUUGAAGGCCAUAAUAACUUGAUUUCUGGGUUCAACGUCUUCCUGCAAAAGGGCUAUGAAAUAACCCUUGAGGAUGAUGAGGCUGCUCCACAAAGGGAGAAGGUUGAAUUUGGAAGAGCUAUCGACUUUGUGAACAAGAUAAUGAUCCCCUUUCAAAAUGAUCUACGUGUUUAUGAAGCAUUCUUAGACAUUAUGAAUACGUACAGGAAGGAGCACAAUGACAUAAAUAAGGUCUACAAUGAGAUUUCCACUCUUUUUGAUGGUCAUCCAGAUUUGGUUGAGGAGUUCACAACAUUUCUUCCAGAAGAAGCAUCUGUUUCAGCAAAGAAUCCUGGUUUGUGAAUUGUGAACGAGAUAAAGGCGAAUAUAUUGUUUUGCUUUGUGAAUUGUGAACAAGAUAAAAAGUUAACAUACUGUUUUGCUCCGUUGAAUUUCAACAGAAAAUGUUGGUUUCUUCGGUAUAAUGAUGAAUUUUAUUUCUACAGAAACACUUUCAAAAUGAGGUACUAACCAUGGUAAAUGUAUGUUAUGGCUCUGUUUUUUUUACUUGAUAAGUUUUCUUAUUCAUGUAAUUUUCAGUA